AUGCACAAUGCGAAAACAACUCAAACCGUGACUCGAAUAUUUUCGUUUUCGACCCAAUAUCUUCGAUCUCUUGACAAACCUCCAGGAGGCGAACCGCCGCCAUUGCCAGGGGUGCACAAGAUCAAUGAUGGUGUGAAGUCUCAUAUCUCUCAUAUCUCAGGCCUCAACGCUCCAGCAGUAUUUAAUUUUGCGUGUGUUGUGUCUGGGCUGUGUGCCACCAACACUCUACGGAAUCUGGCGGGCAAGAAAUAUGGCCACAAGCGCAAGCCCAUCAUCGGGGCCGAUAUCCAAAACCCAUCUACAUCUGGUGCCGAUGAUAUAGGACUACAAAUCUACCUGAACAUCACCAAGGCGGCCAUAGCGCAACUCUACGAUAUGCCUGCAGACACAUUAGUCAAAUGGCAGUUGAGUAUCGCGGUAUCGGUCAAUGCCAAUAGUCACAAUGCCGGUUUGAUUAACAACCCUUCUUUGCGCAGCCCCCGAGAACAUAUUGCCACCUUCAUCAAUGUAUAUUUCUCGGGGGACCACUACAACGGCCCUAUCAAUGGCGGACAAAACGGGGGUAGAGGGAAUACAAGUGAGCAACCCUUUAUGUCUCCUCAUCGUUCCAACUGA